AGAGAGAGAGAGAGAGAGAGAGAGAGAGAUUUCUGACUUGAAAGAGAGGUUGGAAGAAAUAAAAUCGACUGGUUUUUUCUCAAUCUAGCAUUUUUUUUUUUCCUUCAAAAGAUUUCAUUUUUCAUCUUUCUUCUCUCAAAUAACAGACCCACAAGAGAAAAAGAAAAAUCUGAUCGUUUCUUCAUCAAAAUCGUUUCUUUUCAUGAUCUAAGAGAAACCCACAAAGUAAACAUGCCAAGAGCUCAAAAUCCCAUCUUUCUGCUUCUGUAACGGGUUUUGAGAGAAAAUAGGCAAAACCCUCUAGAGAUUUUUGAGAAAAAUAUCUUUUUUCUUCUUCUUCUUCUUCAGCUGUAACAGGUUUCAGGAGAAUCCCAUUUGGGUCUCUGCAUUUUUGCGAGUUUUUGGUGAGAAUGAGCCUGCAGCUGCAACAGUUUCAAUCAACUGACUGUCAGAUGAGAGAUGGGGACGGUUUCAGGAAGUAUAAUGGGGUGGUGAGCUUUCUCCCUCCACCUCCUGCCUUUGGGGUGUUUGGUUCUUCUGGAGAGAGAGAAUACAAAAGCAGAGAGAUGGGUUUUCAAGAAGAGACGAAAGGUUGGAGCUUUCAGUCAUUUAAGGGGAAUGAUGAUGGGUGUGAAGGGUUUGGGAAUGGGAGAAAUGAGAUGGAAGAGGAAGAGGUGGAAGAGGGGGAGAGUUUUGUUGUAGCUGGGAAAGAGCAUGACAGCAAUGGGCAGCAGCAGUCCAAGCUCUGUGCUAGAGGCCAUUGGAGGCCAGCCGAAGAUGCCAAGCUCAAAGAGCUUGUUGCUCAAUAUGGCCCUCAGAACUGGAAUCUCAUUGCUGAGAAACUCGAAGGAAGAUCAGGAAAGAGCUGCAGGCUGAGAUGGUUUAAUCAGCUGGAUCCAAGGAUAAACAGGAGAGCUUUCACUGAGGAAGAAGAGGACAGGCUCUUGGCUGCUCAUAGGCUGUAUGGGAACAAGUGGGCUAUGAUAGCCAGGCUCUUUCCUGGGAGGACUGAUAAUGCAGUGAAGAACCAUUGGCAUGUGAUCAUGGCCAGGAAGCAUAGAGAGCAAUCUAGUGCUUACAGAAGGAGGAAGCCCUCUUCUUCUCAGGCCUUGAACAAGAGGUUGGAGACGAACAGCAAAAAUGCAUGUAGUGAUUCUACCAACAGCAGCAAUAGGGAUGAGUCUGCAUCCACCUGCACUGAUCUCUCCCUAAAUUCACCAUCAAACAGGAUGGUUGUUGGGGGUUUUACCAGAUUAAACCCGUCCCAACAACAUCAGCCCUUUCAAUUUCUCAUGGGCACUAAUGAAAAGGUGGUACCUUUCAGCAAUGGAUGUUAUGAGAAGUUUGGUGAUUCAAGCAAUGGUUUCUAUCAUGGUGGUCCAGUGAUGGUGAUGAUGGGUGGUGUUGAUCAAUCAGGCCAUUCAGAUUCUAAUUCUGAAGUAUCAGUUUCUGCCGUUGAAUCAAUGAUGGCCCACAACAGAAACAGGCUCUAUUUGCAUGGGGAGACUGAUCAUGAGAGAGAGAAGAUCAGCAUGCCUUUCAUUGAUUUCCUUGGUGUUGGAGCCACAUAGAGAAAGAGAGGAUUGGAGUGAGAAAAAGGGAGAUUUCCAUUGUAGCUUUUUUAUAUGGUGAGAGGAAAAAAAGGGGCUGUUUACAGUGCAUGUACAGGUAGUUUUCAGAAAGGAAAAAAAGAAAAGAAAGGUAGUAGAGGCAAAAGAAAAGGAAAAAAAGGAAAAGCAAAAGAAGUCAGUAACAGGUUGGAGAGAAUUUUUGUUUCAUCAGCAAGAAAACAGCAAUGCAACGGGAAAAUAUAUAUGUAUUUUUGCUGCAAUAAUCUGAAAAUCUCUUUUGUAUGGCC